GGUAGGAGCGGGCAAAACACAUUCACCAUCAUCAUCAACACCAGCAGCAGCAGCAGAAACAGCAUUGGGAAAGAGAGGGAGGGAGGGAGAGAGAGAGAGAGAGAGAGAGAGAGAGAGACCUUGCAGGCAUCGCUCACUUGUUCCUGCGCGUCACAAUCCAGGAGGCGAGUGUUCUCUCGCUCUCUGCCUGAGUUUAUCGCACAUCAGGAGGAGGACGUUAAACCAGGGAAGGACAUAGAACCACAGCUCUCGGGUCGGUCAGUCCUGCAGCGCAGCCACACAGCGAAGCGGGGUGGACAACUUUUGGCUUUUGCGUCUCCGUAACCUUGGAAGUCGGACCCGAUCAUGAUGAUGGGACCGCUGCUCCUUUCCAUCGCCCUGUGCGUGAGCGCCGCUGUCCCGCAGCGUGUGGAAGCAGAUGGUGAGGAACCAACUUCAGCAGGGCCUUGCCAUCCAAACCCUUGCCACAACAGGGGAACAUGUGAGAUCAGUGAGACCUACAGGGGCGACACUUUCAUAGGCUACGUCUGCAAGUGUCCACCAGGCUUCAGUGGAGUUCACUGCCAACACAAUAUUAAUGAAUGUGAGAGGGAUCCAUGCAAGAAUGGGGGUAUUUGCAAGGAUCGGGUCGCCAACUAUUCCUGUGAAUGUCCAGGGGAGUACAUGGGGAGAAACUGUCAAUACAAAUGCUCUGGACCGCUGGGCAUGGAGGGCGGGAUAAUCUCCAACCAACAGAUAACGGCCUCUUCUACCCACCGCGCUCUCUUCGGCUUGCAGAAGUGGUACCCUUACUUUUCACGCCUCAACAAGAAGGGCCUGGUCAACGCCUGGACCGCUGCCGAAAAUGACAGAUGGCCAUGGAUCCAGAUCAAUCUGCAGCGGAGAAUGAGGGUCACGGGCCUAAUUACCCAGGGUGCAAAGCGCAUCGGCAGCCCAGAGUACGUCAAGUCUUACAAAGUUGCCUACAGUGAUGAUGGAAAGACCUGGAGAACGUACAAAGUCAAGGGCAAAGAUGACGAUAUGAUUUUCAGAGGCAACGUUGAUAACAACACUCCAUCAGCCAACUCCUUCACCCCUCCCAUUGAAGCCCAGUAUGUGCGCAUGUACCCCCAAGUCUGCAGGAGGCACUGUACCCUACGCAUGGAGCUGCUCGGUUGCGAGCUAACAGGUUGUUCAGAGCCACUGGGAAUGAAGUCCGGCCAUAUCCAGGACUACCAGGUCACGGCCUCCAGCAUCUUCAGGACGCUCAACAUGGACAUGUUCACCUGGGAACCAGGGAAAGCCCGUUUAGACAAACAAGGCAAGGUCAACGCUUGGACGGCUGGACACAGUGACCAGUCACAGUGGCUACAGAUGGACCUGCUCGUGCCAACCAAGGUCACAGGCGUCAUCACCCAGGGAGCUAAAGACUUUGGCCACGUCCAAUUUGUUGGCUCGUACAAAAUCGCUUACAGUAAUGACGGAGAGCGGUGGAGUAUAUAUCAAGACGAGAAACAAGGAAAGGACAAGGUGUUCCAGGGCAACUUCGACAACGACACGCACAGAAAGAAUGUGAUAGACCCGCCCAUCUACGCUCGGCUCGUCCGGAUCCUCCCCUGGUCGUGGUACGGCAGGAUCACCAUGCGUGCAGAAAUACUUGGAUGCACAGAGGAGGAGUGACGUCCCUAUCCUCCCCGUCUUUAUUUGCCAUCGUUCCCUGUCCCCUUGCCAUACUGGAGAAUCUCACCCAGUAUUUUAAAAAUAAACUGUGCAACCUGUAAAAAGAAAUCAAUUUCCAAUGGAUUUUUCAAGAAUAAGUGUUCAGUUGUGGGUGGGUUGAUGUUUGUUUCUUUUGUACAAUGAUUUAAAAACCUGCCCCUUAAUCCACUUUUGUCUUUUUAUUUUCCACUCUAAAAAUGUGAUCUUUGACUUUUAUUUUUUAUUUUUGGAAGAUUCACCAUCCUGUUUGGAAUGAACUUCUGUAAAAUAUAUAUAUCUAUGGCAGGGUUGGGGGUCGGGGGGCGGGGUGGAGAAGGAGUCAGAAAAAGGAGGUCUCAUUGUGGUUUUAACUUGUUGCCAUGGAAACUACUGUACAGUGUCACUUUUUAACAAAAGAUGUGAAAUCUGUCUGCCAUGAUUUAAUGGACACAAUUAACCAACGCCAUACCAUAACUGAACUGUUUAAAACACAACGUAGAGAACACACACACAUACACACACACACAUACACACACACACACACACACACUAUCACAUAAUCAAAUAUAUUUUUACUGGGAUUAAUUAAUUUUUGCUGAAGCCAUGCUUUUACUCUAAUGAACACUGGCAUUAUCACAUCAAUCAAAAACUCUAUUAAUGCUCCUGUAUUAUAUGUAAAAGAAAAAGGACGAAAAUUGCAUGGUGCGUGAAUUAUACAUGUAUAUUAUGACAAAUCAUUCAAAAACCCUUAGCCCUGAGAGCAAAUGACUUUAAUUGGGGGGGGAGGGAGGGGGAGGACCUAUUUUUAUCUGCAUAUCUAAAUAGUUCUGAAACAUUAACACACACUGCAAAAAAAGCUUAGUGAAGACGACUGAUCAUGGAAGACACAGCACUGCAGCACUGACUCUAAGGCUUAUAAACUGUCUCUAGUUAAAAUGUCUUUACGCUCCUUUUUUUUGCUUUGCGUUCACUUUGCUUUUCUGUGUUAAGAUUCAUGGUUUCUGCUCGUUCCUUUUUGUAUUUAUUUAAAUUUUUAGACUUUGUUGUCUCGGCUGUCAGAUGGUAACAAAUGUGUUUUUGAUGUCCUACUUUUUGUUCUUGAAGAUGUAAGAUGAAUCAGGAUAGGUGUCACUCACAGUAACCCUGUUGACAUCUAUUUUAAGAUAGAUAUGUAUGGAAGAGUAUUAGGGCCACAUGUAAAAAAAAUAAAAAUAAAUAAUGAAAGAAAGAAAAAAAAUAGCAUUAAUUAUUAGAUUAAAAUUACGUCAUAACUCCUAGAAAAAAAGAGAAAAGAGUCAGAGAUUAAAGUCAGAAUUCUGAAUUCAGAAUUCAUUAUUCUUUCUGUUGAAUUCUUUUACAUGUGGCCCUAAUACUCUUCCAUAGAUAUGGCUUAUUUAAUGACACAAAUAUGGAUAUAAUUCACAUAUUGAAAAGUCUUUUAAUUCCUUUAAUCCCUUUCACGUAAUACAUUUAUUAAUAUAUGAAAGAGAGCAUAUGUCCAAGAUUAAUACAGUAAAAUAAUAUGUGUCAUUAUUCCAUGAUCACAUUUUCUUUAGGUCAGGGGGUUUAAUCUUUAUAAUUGGAUUGAAAUAAUAAUGUAAUUUCAUGUGAAAUAGAGUAUUUUCACAUGUAGUCAAAAUGGUUUCAAGGUGCUAACAGAUUUUAGAGAUAUAUAGAUAACGGGGGAUUAUUCCAAUCAUGUUAAAAUGUUAUUUUAAUACAGUUUUGUAUAACGCUGCUCUCAUUGUUCCUGCAGUAAAUUGAACAGCGAUGCUUGGCUGCGUCAGUAAAUGGAAGUAAACAAGUACCUGAGGUAACGCAGCAGUUAAAACCCUCAAAAAAUAGGCCUGGCUUAGACUAGUGGGUUCUCCCCCCCCCCCCAAAAAAAAACCUUUCAAGUGCUACAAUAACAGCUGAAAGGAGCCAAUGUCUACGGCUACGCUUCAUGUUUCACGAGUGUCGGCUUUCAGUCGGUUAACUUAGCAAAUCAUUUCAUAUUGUGGGGAGGAAACUGCAGCGCAGUCUUUAAGAAAAUGUAAGAUAUUUAACAGAAAGGAAAAGAAUUGACCGUGAUUGGAAAUGCAAGCGUGUCACGUUUGUUUUUGUCAUCCUCUCUUUGUAUUUAUUCAUUAGAAAUGUGUUCAGACGUUUGGGACGGACUUGACGACAAGCACAGCCAGAAAGCAAUUUUUUUAAAAUGUGUCACUGUCCAAAUUUUUGUUUUGUUUGUAUUGUUGUGAUCCAGGGGCAUUGUCAGCUGUCAUGCCGUCAACAUGGUUGUUGUUGUACUUGACAAGUAAACAUGAAGUCUGAAAACAAAAUGUGGUAUCUGGAUAACUGAGCUUAGCCAAUGGCACUCUGGUUUGGCAAAUUAAAUUACACGGAAAGACUUUGCUGUAGAUUACCGAUAUGUGAACCUUGUUUUUUGGUGUAAAAUCACUGUCAUUCCACCGUUUAAUGGACACAGAAUAAGCAUCAACACCCUAAUCGGAGAUUAUUUGUUUUCAGCACUAACUCGUCCACACCUGCGACAAAGCUUUGAGGAGGUUUGCAUGACGUUUGAGUUUUAACGUAAAGUACCGAACAGUACAAAGAUGUCCACAGGCACAUUAUGCGCUAAACAUCAUAAAAGAUCUAAUAGCCUUUGAUUUGUUUCCUCAACAUCAUUGGAUUAAAUGCACGGAGCGUCACUUCCAACCUCCGCUUAAUAGAAGCCUUAACUUCCGACGAGUCGUUGCUUAAGGGAAAACAACUCACUGAACACUCUCGGUAACGUCUGCUUAAAUAGAUAUAGUCAGUUGUGUUUACGGAUGAUAAAACUUUCAUGUCACAGUUUAAAAAGAGGCGCAAAGUGGCGAAACGCAUCCCGUCUUUGUAUCUUCUGUGUCUGUGGUUCACUUAUUCAUUCAUUAUUUCUAACCUCCACAGUCUGCGUGUCAAUCACUAUCUAGAAAAUGUACCUAUUGUGAUGGUGAGGCCUGAGGAGGAGGAGGAGGAGGAGGAGCAGGAGGAGAAACAGUGUACAGUCUAAAAAAAGACAAAAGCUCUUUCAGUUUGACAAAUAAAAACAUCUGUGAAAAAUGA